ACGUUUUCAUUCAUCGUUCAUCACUUACCAAGGCUCCCCCGCUUCCCCUCUCUUUCGCACCCUCGUCUCUUGUGGCUGCCAACGUGACCCCGAAAGCUGUCCUUCUCGCGCACACUUUCACUUUGGCCCAGCAACAACAACGAACAAAUAACCUAGCAUAAACAAUUAUUGUGCAAUACUGAUUAGCGAAACUUUAAGGCGGAUACAAUGUCUUCGCAGGAAAAGGUUAUACGCGUUGGAUCGAGAAAGAGUGAGCUGGCUCUGAUUCAGACCAAACAUGUCAUCGGCCGACUGCAGAAGCUAUAUCCCAAGCAGAAAUUCGAGAUCCACACGAUGUCGACCUUUGGUGAUCGUGUGCUGAACGUUUCUCUGCCCAAGAUUGGUGAAAAGAGCCUGUUUACCCGUGAUCUUGAGGAUGCACUACGCAACGGCGGCGUUGACUUUGUGGUGCACUCGCUCAAGGAUUUGCCCACGGCACUGCCAACAGGAAUGGCCAUUGGAGCCGUCCUAGAGCGAGAAGAUGCCCGCGAUGCGCUGGUCCUGCGGGAGAACUUUAAGGGUCACACGAUAGCUUCACUUCCCCAAGGCAGUGUAAUUGGAACCUCGUCUCUUCGCCGCACGGCUCAGAUCCGGAGGAUGUAUCCCCAUUUGAUCGUGUGCGAUAUUCGUGGCAAUCUAAACACUCGAUUGGCCAAACUGGAUGCCGCCGAUUCAAAGUUCUCUGGCAUCAUUCUCGCCCAGGCAGGCCUGGUGAGAAUGGGCUGGAUGAGUCGCAUCAGCCAGGUGCUGGAGCCGACCGAUCUGCUCUAUGCUGUGGGCCAAGGAGCCCUAGCCGUGGAAUGUCGGGCUAAUGAUGAUCAAGUGCUGGCCAUGCUGCAGAAACUGAUGUGCCUGAACACAACGUGCCGAAUUCUGGCAGAGCGCAGCUUUCUGAAGACCCUGGGAGGCGGUUGCUCUGCCCCAGUGGCUGUUUGGAGUAACCUAAAGGGAGAACCCUUAAAUGGAAAUAGCCAGGAGGUUGGACUCUCCCUCACAGGCGCUGUUUGGAGUCUGGACGGGGCCAUAGAGAUACGAAAUCACCUGGCUUGUGCCUUAAAUGAGGCGAAAUUGGAGGUGGAGCAGCGAAAACGUGGUGCCCAGGAAAGCGCUAGCCAGCAAGAGGAGGAGAACAGCAGCAGUUGCGAUUCCCCGCCAGCUACGAAGCGUGCUAGAAAUGGUAACGAUAGCUCCGGAUCGGAUUCCAACUCGAGUAGCCCUCGGCAGCAGGGCAGUCCGCCGGUGAUCUGCGAGGAUAUUGCCGCCUGCGAGGCUCUUUCCGGUUACAGUGUGGACCAGCUCUCCGAUCUGGCCAGUCAGUGUCCAGUGCUCAACACCAGCAGUGCUCUGGGACCAGCCGCCACCGGUGGUGGCGAUGCGGAUACCAGCAAUGCCAAUACAACUGCCCGGCAGUGUCCGCUGCGUUUGGUGGCCGGUCAGGAUGUCAUGGGCCAGUGUCCAGUGGCGCACAAUCAGCCAAAGGCACCCGCCAAGUGUCCAGUGGCUCAUGCUGCCUCCGGGGAUUCUUCCGACACAAACAAUGGCAAUGGAAAUGAAGCCGUCACCACUGCCCACUGUCCGCUCCAGAUGCCCGUGGGCCAGGACUUUAUGGGCGAAUGUCCGUACGUUAACAAGGAGACCAAGAUAUCCUAUGCCCAGGCAGGCAAGUGUCCAGUGACGGGAGGUGUGGCCGCAGCACCGGCUUCCAUUCUGCCCACGCCACCAAGCAGCAGAGCCAGUAAUGCCAGCAGCGUUGGGGAUGAAGUGGACAAUGUGGCCACUUCCUCCAAGUGUCCAUUUGCGGCGAUGCACCAGGGCAGCGGUCUGGAGGCGAAGGCAAAAGAUAAUGGCAACACAACACAGGCCAAGUGCCCGUUCCUGCAGAAAACGGUUCAAAUGUUCGACUACGCCGACGAAGAGCAACCGACGCCGCAGCACUCGGUGCUCAUUGAGGACGUGCAGAACCUGUUCUGCGGUCUCUACCAGCACGCCUGCCACAGUAGGGGGAUCUACGAGAGGGCCAACCAGCUGGGCAAGACGCUGGCCGAGGACCUGAUCAAGCGGGGUGCCCUGGAUGUUAUGAAGGUGGCCCAGGCCGAGAUUCACGGCAAGGUGGCGACGUCUUGAGUAGUAGACCAGCAUCUUGAACCCAACUUGUCCCACCUCCGUUCGCCCUUCAUCGAUAUAUCAUUGUUUACAUUAAGUAGAAAAGUGUAACUAGACAAUACUGUUUAUAUUUCCCCUCGUUGUUAAACUUGUGUGGAAAAUCCAUACCCAUGCUUCCCCCGAUCUAUCAUCUGUAUUGUAUUCAAUCCUUGUGCUCUUCUAGCGAAUGGCUCUCGCAUAUUGUUGGUUUCCGCGUACACGCUCUUUUAGUUUUGUUUAUGUUUGGGGAAUAUGACAAAUAAAUGUAUAAGAAUACUUAA